UAAUUGACUCUUGCCAUAGCUGAUUUUUAUCUCCAGUUGGUACACUUUAAGAUUUACCAUCCCCUGUUUAAUUCCUUUCAUUCCACCAUCAAAAUGUGUGGAUCAUUUCCUUUGAUCUCUGGUAUAAAAGAGUACUCUUGAAACAAAGUAUUACCAUAGCAACAGCCACUGCUGCUCCCUAGAUAAGGAGUGCAGGAGCACACGGCAGCAGCAAAGAACGUUCCUGCUUCAGUGAGUGCUGACCUUGUAUCACACCCAUCCCAGAGCCUUUCACCGGUCGCUUCAAGAGAAAACCUUUUCAAUGAUGUCAACAGAGUGUGUGCAACCACUUGAUAUCCCAGAAGACAGAUUGGACAAGCGAGACUCACACUGCAACCGUUUAGAUGACCUUUCAGAACAGUUCAUUAAGAAUUGUGACCUAAAAAAGAAACCAAGAAAGGGUAAAAAUAUCCAGGCUUCCCAGAACAGUGAGCUGGAACAGAAAAAGCCAAGGAGAAAGGAUACACCUGCCUUACACACCCCACCACCUAUACCAGGCAUCCUCUCAGACUUUUCAGAACAUUUAAUUAAAAGGUGUGAUAUCACCGAAAACCCACAGAAGGGUAAAGUGAGUUCAGUCUCUCAGCUCACUGAUCAGGAACAGAAAAAACCCAGGAGAAAAGAUACACCUGCAAUACACAUCCCACCCCUUAUACCAGGUACUAACCUGCUUAAAGAAGAAAAGCAGACAGUGAUUGUGGAAGAUGAUGAAAAGGAUGGCGAAAAAACCCUUAUUUAAGAUUAUUGUGAUAUCUCCAAAACUAUUGUAAAUAAUUCCAGAUCAUUCAAAAUGGUAGCAUAUAACAAAGCCCAUUUGUUUUUAUAAAUAAUUUUUGAAAGCAUGCACUGCAUUUAAGCUAGUACCAAAUGCUUAUCUGUAAAUGGCUAGCAUUGGAAAAGAUGAAAGUAAAUAGACUUGUGGUUAGGGUUGGAAGAAAUAUCUUGUAUUAUCUAGCCCUAUCAUGCAGAAUUUUUCUACGCUGAUCCCAUCUGAAGACAAAAAAAUUUUUGGACAUCUCUAACAGUGGCCACAAGGGAUGCCAGCUAGCACCACAUAACAGGGUGGGAGCUGUGAGUGUGGGACACCCACUAACUAACAACAGGCUUCUCUUGAGAAGAGAGCUGCUAUAGGUCUAUCCCACAAAAGGACAGCACCGGGCAGAAGUAGGCCAGCUUCUACACCACCACCCCCUUUUCCCAUGGUUGUGAAAAUUUGGCUAAAGAUUUUAAUGUGUGUUUGUGUCCUGAUUCUGUGUUUCAUUACACCAGCUUUACUCUGGUGGAAUAUCAGUGACUAAGGUGAAGUUACACUAGCAUAAAAGUGAACAAUCAAGUCAACAGGUCCUAAAAUUGAAUCCAAAUGUCUCUUGCAUGUACAGUAUAAGUUCAGUACCCAUAUUUGUAAUUUUUUCCUUUGUUAUAACCUGUGAGUUUGCUCUAAUACCAAAAAUUAGUACCUCAUAAGAGCCAUCAACUUUGAAACCUUAAAUAUUACAAAGCACACUGCUAUCAGAAAAGAAGCUUCCUAGAAGUGCAACAUUUGUAAUUUAUACUACUAGUAUGUAUUAUUGAAUUUUUAGCAUCAAAGUUCUUUUUCCAAAGUUGGUGGAAUAUGAACUAGUUGGGUAGCUGAUCUUUUAAUCUGCAUGUUUUGUUUUGGUAAGUGCUUUUAAUUGAAACCUAGCCUGUUAGGGGGUGCUGUUAAGAUUUAAAAUCUUUGUUGGAGAAUUCAGAGAUAAUCAUACACAAUGUUUUCACAAUAUUUUGUGGUAACAGUAAUUUACAAGUUAAUUCAUAUAAAAUGUCUCACAGUGAGUCACAGACAAUUACAAUCAAUAUAGUUCAAACAAAUAGAACUAGGUACCUAAAGAAUGUGACACAAAACAGAUGGUCUGUGUGUAAAAAAUGGGUGUUCUCAUGGUUGUUCCUACUAGGUAUCCACCUGUACAAAGCUCCAACCCUAUUAACAUCAAUCUGUCCUUUAUUGAGUCCUUGACAAUCUCAGCAGAGGGAGCAAAGACUGUGUAGCCUAGCAGACUGAAUUCAAUUAUCCUCUUACUGUCCAACAUGCUUACCUUUUUAAGAGGUAGGGUGACCAGACAGCAAAUGUGAAAAAUUGGGAUGGGGGUGGAGUGUAAUAGGAGCCUAUAUAAGAAAAAGACCCAAAAAUCGGGACUGUCCCUAUAAAAUCGGGACAUCUGGUCACCCUAUUAAGAGGGCUGAGGAACGCUGGUUGUAAGGAAUCUUACAAUAUAGCUACUUCUGCUAUACCUGAGACUUCAGUUUCCAAAGCUAUUGAUCCAGCAACAUUCAUGAGCAUUCAAUUCAUUAAUAAAUAUUGAGAGGCAAUGUAUACCUUGUAUGGUAAAUCAGUGACAAUACCAUAAAAAUUACAUAGCUAAACUUGUACAGUGGACUAGAAAUUAUGAAUUGGCUAUUUGACAGGUAUUUUUUUCUGAAUAUUAAUGUAUAGAGUAGAUUAAAAUAUUAACAGAAACCCACAUAUCAAAUAACUAUUAAUAUAUGGUGAGCAAUGAGUGUAUUUUACAGAUAAUGCUUUGCAAUUCAAGUUACAAUUAAUUUCCUCAUAUGGUCUACCUACAGUGCCAAUGCACUAAUUGUUUUUGAGCUAUUAUUAUGUAGGUCAUGGUUGUGGUUCUUUAUUCACAGUUUUCUUUUAAGUAGUCAAUGAGGGACAGCAAUAUCUGUACCUCUGUCCUCUUUCUUAAUGUAACACGCCUUUUCCACUGGAAAAAUUUCCCACACCCUACUCCAAUUGUCACAAUCAGUGGGGAAAUUGUGUAUUUGAUCCUAGAACAUCACAGUUCAAGUAGCCCGAGCAGUGUGUCUGGAUGAGGUGGCAUGGCCUAGUGGAUAGAGCACUGGACUGGGACUGUGUUCUAGUCCUGGCUCUGCUACUAUCCUGCUGGGUGACCCUUGGGCAAGUCACUUUACCUCCCUGGGACUCAAGUUCCCAUCUGUAAAAUGGGGAUAGCAAUACCUCCUUUGUAAAGCACUUUGAGAUCUACUGAUGAAAAGCAUAAAAUAAGAGCUAGGUAUUUUUAGCAGCAGCAGGAUGAUGACGUUCUCCCCAUGACAUGAAGUGGAAGCAGAGCUACUACGUGGCCAGCUCUGGCAAUUCAGGCCUACAUAUCGUGGGAUCCACUUAGUGAAUCAAGAUGGAUGGAUAGACAUCAGCUAGGCCAUUUCCUCUCCUCUUCCUCCACCCCUUCUCCCAAAGCCUUGGAGUAAAGGGAGGCCCUAUGAAGUACAACCCAGCAGCAUGCAGUAGCUCCAGACACCUGUAUGGACUCUCCACACUUUUCUUGCCUGUUUAAGGGUUGUGUGUGUCAUGAAUUUACCUACCUGCAAGAAGCUUAUAGUCUCCAUACUAAACUCAUUCCUGGUUUAACUCUGUUGAUGUCAGAGAUACAGCAGAGCUGCUAAGAUUGCUGUAUUGCUAACGGUCCUGUAGGCUGCUGAUUAUCUUGGAGCCUACAGGCCGUUGAGCACUGCUUGAGGAUGUGCAGAGAGCAACAGCCUUCAUGCAAAGUAGCUCUAUUCCCACACUGAUGUGAGGACUGCUGAGUAGGGGGAAAGCGAGUAUUGAGAGGUAGAGGAAGUAUGUGGCCAGGUCAUAGGAACUUAAGUGCAAUAAUGUGAAUACAAAUGGCAUCUGUAAUAGCACUGCUAAAGUUUUUCAGCUCCUCCUGUUGCCAGUCAGGAGUACUGCCUGACCCGAGUGCACUCCAGAGCAGCCAUAAAGGCCAGUCACUCACACAGAAAAGCAUCUGGAGAUUCUCCGAAAACAGUAUUUCUCCCAGCCAGCUGCUGAAUGCCACAUGGCAAUUGCUGGGUACAGCGCUGACCCUCCAACACUUGCUGGGUACAGCGCUGACCCUCCAACACUUGCUCCUCUCAAUUUACAUCAUGAGUCAAAAGAGCUGCUUACCCUGCUUAGCAGCCGAGGGGUAACUCAGAGCUGCUGUCUCAACCCUCAGCUGCAGCACUGAAGACCUGAGCCCUGUGUCUCCAGGAAAGUGAAAGUUCCAGUCUCAUUGCCAAACCCAGAUAUGUUGUUGCCAGGCUGCUGGGUCAAGUUCCGGGGUAGCAGUGUGGAUCCCAAGACAUCUCAUCCAACUGAAAAUAAAUGUGCUUCAACAGUAUCUCCUCCGCAUGACUUCAAAAGGAACAUUUUCAUCCAAUAAUGCAGCCUUUCCUGAUGUGUGGAGCGUGCCCCUUACAGAUGUCUGUGGAUUGGUCUCCCACGGAGCCGCCAUGGCGACGAGGAAGAUGUAGACAUUUAGAUGGGUAAGCCUUUAACACCACAGGGCAGGGGUGAAAAUAGGGAGAAACUGGCUUCAUUUUUCUGAAGGUGCCUGUUUCAAAAGCUCAGACAUGUUAACCUAGUUCAACACAAGCCAUUUACACUUUAAGCACUGUCCAUAUUUUAAGCAGAAGUUACAUCCGCAGUGACACCUCACAUCUAAAUGUAUCAUCCCCAUAUAGACCAAUGCAAAAGCUAGCAAUAAAAAGCCAGUGAAUAAA